CAACCUCCAAAAGUUAUUGAAUAACCAUUUGAAUCCGACAAUGGACAAUCUUUAAGUGAUCUAUUCCAAAUUACAACAAUUAUAAUAUUUUAAUGCCUUCAUUGAGAAAAACCUAAAAGGAACCCAAAGGGAGAGUCUGUUAUAUUUAUGUGGUAAAUUCAAAAUGGAGCACUUUAAAGGAGGCGAUGUCAUCUUCAAAGAAGGAGAUAAGUCAAACGAUAAGUUAUAUAUAAUAUUUAAUGGCCAUAACAAUAACAGACCCCAGAACAAAUCCCUUAAAAACCUCCUGAAAAUCAAAAGUAAUUGCAACAACAAUAAAGUUUUUUCAUCAAACCCGUUCCCUUGAAAACAGAUAAAACCCUAAGCAAAAUCACAACCUUAACCUCAGGAACUAACUUCUUUAAGUAAAUUGCCGUUUCAAAAAAGUUUGCUGACAAAAUGAAGGCUAACAUAGUGUAAGGUUAAACAAAUGAGAAAGUCUAGAUAUCACAACAAGAAAUGCAAGUGAUGAGUGACAAAUAUGGUGAAACUGUCAGAAUACUAAAAAGAGGGGAUGGCUUUGGAGAUAGAGCCUUACUUGAGAAUGUUCCAAGAGCAUUGACUGCAUGUGCAUAGACUGAAGACUUGUUCUUAUUAAUUUUAAAAAAAGACGACUUCGAUUUAAUUAGAUAAUAGUUUAUAUAAUAGAUGAAGGAGAAGAAAAGUUUAAUUUUCGGUAAGUUUCCUGUUUAAGGAGAUUAUUCAUCAAAAUAAUUAGAACAAUUAGCUUAUAGUUUUGAUGUGGAAUAAUUUUAGAAGAAUUGUGUAUUAACUAUAGAUGGACAAUAUAAGAAAUGUUUCUACUUGAUUCAAUUUGGAGAUAUCUUAUUAGAAAAAGUAAUAAAUGAUUAAUUGGCUAAGAUAUGCAUUCUAACAAAGGGAUAGUUAUUGGGAGAAGAAAUAGCAAUGAAUGAUGAUGGUUGUUGUGAAUAUAAUGCCACAGUCUUAUCUAAUGAGGCUACUUUGAUGGUCAUCCAUAAACAAGAAUUUUUAUUAAAAUUCCCUGAAGAAUGCAAAUUGUGGGUUCAAUAAGAAUACGUAAGGAAAACUAAAUUUAGAACUAUUUUUUAAACCUCGAAUAUGAUCAGUGUGAAUAAAAUCAAUCAACCUAAAUUUACAGCUGUUAAAUAAUAUAUUGAAGUUAAAUACAACCCAAAAAAAAUUAGAAGCAAAGAAAGAGAAGAUAAAAUGGAUAUUGGUACAAUAGUUGAAGAAAAAAACUUUAUUUAUAAAUUAAAGUAUCAAAGUGAUCCAGAAAAAGAUGCUGGAUCAGCUUUGUUUGGAACUGAUUUAUAUUAAAGUCCAAAACUUGGAUUUACACCAAAAUAUGAUCAUCCAAAUAACAUAGCAAUGACAUCAUUUAAAUAGCAAUAUCUUUAUAAAUUGUGUAAGAAGAAAAGAAGACAAAUGAUUUUGAACACUCCUCCUCUAACAGCUAGAACAAUCACUAAUUAUUAGUCUGUCAUUUCGGAUCGUUAAAGUAAACAUAAACACACUUUUUCUACAGGAAUUAACUCAAAUACUCCCUGUCUAUCACUCUCUCCAAUAAAUAUGAAUAGUAGAGAGAUCAUGUGA